UUGUGUGCUUCCUUUGAAAUGUCAAACGACCGUAUACUUCUUUCUUUCCGUCACUUUAAUUUCGAUAAAGUGGACACAUUUUGUGAAGCUAACUAGUAAAUAUGGUUCAGCGAUUGACACUGAGAAGGCGUUUGUCCUACAACACAAAGUCCAACAAGCGACGUGUUGUACGCACUCCCGGAGGCCGGCUAGUCUACUUGUACGUCAAGAAACAGCGAACGGUGCCGAAAUGCGGCCAGUGCAAGGAGAAACUAAGCGGUAUCAAGCCCUCGAGGCCCAGCGAACGGCCACGUAUGUGCCGCCGUCUGAAAACCGUCACGCGUACGUUCGGUGGUGUCCUGUGCCAUCGUUGCCUGCGCGAACGCAUCAUUCGUGCAUUCCUGAUCGAUGAACAGAAAGUCGUGAAGGUACUGAAGGCACAGCAGCUCGGUAAGCCCGUCAGCAAGCCACCGAAAAUUCCAAAAGCUCAACCUGCGGCCGCUAGCAAAAGCAAGUAAACCGCUACCGUUGGUGUUUUAAUGAAGGGCUGAGAAGAAGCUUUUGGCAAAUAUGGAUGGUCUUGUACGUUAUAAGAAACUCAAAAAAUAUACCGUUUGAAAAUGAUAA